CCAUCAGUUGUGGCGAUGCUGUGUUAUUGGGGAGCGCGGGUCCGAGAGGGUCUCGGUUUGGUACAUCCUGACAAAGUAAAACAUGUGAAUGAUGUUGUACGCUGCGUUUGUCCAAAAUCAGAAAUUCAGGACAUGUCAGCAGGAAGAAGCUUUAUUGGAUUUAUCCGGAAUCGAAAAAUCUCGGUCCUGAGAUUGCGCGGUGAACCCAGUGGUCUUGCUGACAAACUAAAACAAAUAGAGCUAGCGAAUGAGGAAAUCACAUCAAUUGUCUGUGGCGGAGAUGGUGCAGUCCUGUUUGCUCAUGGAGGGAAAGUUAUUAUUAUGCACAAAUCAAAUAAGUGCAGACCUCUCAUAGGCCUGGAUAACAGACAUGUGAUUCAGGUCGCUUGUGGAGACCAGCAUUCAAUGGCACUGACACAGGAGGGUCGGGUGUUUGUCUGGGGUGAGAACUCUCAUGGUCAGCUGGGUCUGGGUGAAGGUGGAUCUGGAUCUCAGACUCCUCAACACGUUCAGUGUCUGGAUGGGGUUCCACUGGCUCAGAUCAGCGCUGGAGGAGAUCACAGCUUUGUGUUGUCUCUCUCUGGUGUUGUGUUUGGUUGGGGGAAGAACUCUUCUGGACAGCUGGGUCUGGGAGACACAACAGACAGGCAUGUGCCAACAGUCGUAAGAAGCCUGAAUGGAAAGAAAACUCAGUUCAUCUCUUGUGGAGGAGAACACACUGCAACUUUAUCAAAGGGCGGUGUUGUGUUCACAUUUGGAUCGGGAGUUUUUGGUCAACUUGGGCACAACUCAUUUAAAGAUGAACAUCUUCCACGAGUGGUUGCUGAACUGUGGGGUUCUAAAGUGUCGCAGGUCACAUGUGGGAGACAUCACACACUUGUGUUAGUGGCAUCAUCAAAGCGGAUCUACUCAUUUGGAUGUGGGACGCAAGGGCAGCUGGGAAAUGGACAAAUGAUCAACCAGUCUGUGCCAUCACCUGUACACCUGCGAGCUGAAUUUUAUGAUGAAUAUGCGUUCGGAAAACUCGUUGCUGCUGAGAAUCAUUCCUUUGCCCUAUUUUUCAAGGACCUCGGGAAUGUAUCAGCAAAUUCUGAGACCAAUCCAAUCAGAGAGAUUUUAACAUUGGAUGACAGAAUGAUUGACCAGUGGGUGUCUGAAUGUGAUAGUAAAUUAAACCAAGUGUUUUCUUCUGCUGCUUGUUUGAAUGGAAGUUUUCUCAAAACGAGUUGUGAUGAACAUUAUCAGACUUCUGCAGAUGUCUGUGGUUUAGAUUUUGACCUGGUUAAAAAAUCAUUUGCAAAACUAUCAGAGAACAAAAAGGUGACGUCAAAGGUUGUGAAGACGGUUCGGGGUGCACUUUUGCCCUCUCUUAACCCUCAAGAGGGUUUCACUAGCGUGGAAGCUCUGAGAGUUUAUCUUCUCCUCCCUGAGCUCAUCAGAGUUUGCAAGGAACAACAAAGAGUCCAUCUCCUUGAAGCACUCACCUCCAAAAUACUUCAGCUGAACCCUGACGCUCUUGAAGUGUUGGAAAAUUACUGGUCCAAACUCCCUGAAGAUUGUCUAAAAGACUUGGUGGAGUUAUUUCGCAAUGCAUCUGCUGAGUUGAUUGACAAGAUUUGUUGUGAUAAAAUAAACCGGAAUGAGCCGAAACAACUGAGGAGUUUUUUGCAGGUCCUUCAGAUGAUCUAUAAGGUCUGCUGCAGGACCCAGAAUAACAUCACAAGCAGAUAUUUCAUUAUUCAUGAGAUAAAUGUUCUCCUAACUACGCUGCAAGCCACCCUGGAAAGUUUUGAGUUAGAUUUUUCUCUUGAUCCCAUUGAAAUGCAGAAUCUGACGGAUCACUAUAUAAAAACUAUGGAAACGUUGGUCAAUUUUCCUUUCGUGGCUGAAAAUGUAUCUAAAUGGAGAAUUUUUUAUUACUUAAAGAACCCAUUCAUGAAGACAAUGCCAGAUCUCGACGAGUAUGUGGCUCUUUGGAGUGACAACACUUUGCGCAUAAGCAGGCAUUCAAUAUUGAAGGACACGCUUCAGUAUCUUAGACAGGACAUCUACUCAUUUCACCAUCCACUGAAGGUGAAGUUUGUUGGUGAGGAUGGGAUGGAUGCGGGGGGUCUUUCUGCCGAGUUCUUCUCCUUGCUUUCACAAUCUUUCCUUACGGAGAAGAAUCUGCUGAAAGUUCGUGAGAAUUCACUGGUUUGGUUCAAUUCUGAGCACACACGCAAAGAAGAUUGCUACUAUCUUGGUGUAGUCUGUGGAAUGGCGCUGUUCAACCAGUGCUACAUGAACAUUGAUCUACCACUUGUAUUGUUCAAGAAACUACUGGACCAGAGCGUCACUUUGAAUGAUCUUGAGGACAUAUCCCCUGUUGAAGCCAGAAGUUUAAGGAAUCUUCUGGUGGAGGAAGAAGAGGAAGUGGUGGAGGUGCUUUUCUUGGACUUUACGAUCAAAGGGCAAGAGCUCAUUCCAAAUGGGGCUCAGAUUCCAGUAACCAAAAUGAAUCGACAGAAGUAUGUGGAUUUGUAUGUGGACUUCAUUUUCAACAAGUCCGUGAAGAACCAGUUUGAGCCGUUCUCUGCAGGUUUCUCUGAAGGCUGUCCGGUCAAAGCCUGGAAAAUGUUUCACCCCGAAGAACUCAGAGAAGUUUUCAGUGGUUCUCCUGAGUAUGAGUGGGAAGACCUUCAGAAGUGUGCUACAUAUGAACACUGUUCUCCCUCUGAUGAGCUGAUCAAGAAUUUCUGGACCGUUUUCGUUGAGUUGUCUGAAGAAAACAAAAAGAAAUUUCUGAUUUUCAUGUAUGGAACGGGCCGUGUACCUGCUGGAGGUCUCUCAAAGCUGAAACUGAAGAUUGUGCAGAUGAACAAUCCUGAUUCAGAUGAUCUUUUACCAGCAGCCCAGACAUGUUUUGGCACAUUAUAUCUUCCCAAAUACAGUGACAUCGACACACUCCGUCACAAACUAAUACAUGCUAUCAGCUUUUGUGAGGUUUUUGGAAGGCGGUGACCAGUGGUGUAGUCUAUGUGAUAUGCAUGUAUACUGUAUGUUGUAUACCCACUAUAGGUCACGGAUUUCCAUAUACCCACUUAAAAAACAACGUAACAACUUUGUUUUGUGUCAGAACAGUGCAAGUUACUGACUUUUGGACCAUUUGUGCUACCAAAAGAUAAUGAAAACGCAAGUAUUUAAACUAUGGCAAGCGCUUUUAGCAGUUUUAUUCAGUUUUGACUAAUCAAAAUUCUACUUCCAGAUAUCUCUUCUGUAACUUUGACUCGUCAUAAUUGGAAUUCAUAUAUCUACAACAUGAUUAUGACUAGACAUAACAGGCAAUGAAGAUAUCUACAAAGCUGUUUUGACUAGUCAUAUUCUUCCAUUGACUUAUUAUCAUAUAUUUCAGAUAUCUACGAAUGAGUUUUGACUAGCAGGAACAGCAAUUAAAGAUAUAUCUAUAAAUGAUUUUGUACUAGGCAUAAUUCCAAUUGGAGAUAUCUCGAAUUAAAAUUUUACAAGUGAUAAUUUAAUUAGAGAAAAAUAUCUAACUGAAUUACCUCCAGAAUAAUUUAUAAUUUGAUAUAUCUCUAACUCGUGUUUGACUAGUCAUAAUCACAUUUAAGAUAUCUUUAAUGAAUCAUUUUUAAAGACAUCAAAUACAUUAGAUACAUUUCAUUACUAGUCAAAUUACAAUUGUAGAUAUCUUGAAUUGGAUUUUUGGCUAGGCAAAAAUUAAUAAGAGAUAUCUUGAAUUGGAAUUCUUACUAGUGAAAUCUCAUUAAAAGAUAACUGCAAUUUUAUUAUGAAUAUCUCAGUCAGAUUUUUGACUAGGAAGAUCUUUCUUUGGAUAUAUCUUCAUUUAGUUUUGUGACUUGGAAGAAUUUCAAUAUAGAUAUCUAGAAUUAACAUUCUUACUAGUGUAAAAAUUACUUUUUUUUUAGAUAUCUAAAACAUGCAUGCCUUGCGAACCCCCACCUUUUAACCACUCCUUCCUUAGAAACUGUUGUAAUCUGCCGUUUUGUCAAAGAAUUGUAUAAUAAAGGUCCUACAUCUUCGUGUCAUUCAAACUGCUUUUACAGAAAUCAUUUAAAAGUAUUGAAAUAAAAAUGUUGCUGGUGCAUGUGUAAAAGUAGCAUAAGGUAUGCAGAGGGUUUUGUCAAAUGCAAUAUCAUAAAGUAGAAUAAUGUUGAGAUGUGUGUGCUGUGGAUUAAACUGUGUUUGCCUUUAUUCCAAACUAACACAUUUACUUCCACCUUAUGGGUAAGUACCUUAAGACUUUUCUCAUGUUGUGGUAUAUAAUUCCGAUGUUCACUCGUGUCUUUUCAAAAUAUAUAAAAAAAGCAUUUGCUGUUCUUUCUUUAUUGAACAUUAUAAAUUUGGUCCGUUUUGCAACAUGACUCAAUUAAAAUUACAGCAUGCUGGACACCU